AACGUCCGGACACACGAGGAAAACCAUGAAGGCACCAGCGAGCGUCCUGCAGAGCCGAGGACACAGACGCACAGACACGGCACAGGGAGGAUAAGGUCUUGGCCCCGCCCCUCUCGCCCGUCUCGCCCGUCUCGCCGGGGCCAUGCUCUCGACGGCGGUCCAGAUCCUCGCCUUCGCCCUGGCCUUGCUGGGUUUGGUGGGCGUCACCGUGGCGACGGUGCUGCCGAACUGGAAGGUGUCGGUGACGGGCUGGACGAGCCUGAUGACGCCGAUCUCGCACAUGCAGGGUCUGUGGAUGGACUGCAACUUCUACAGCUCCGGCGUCUUCAGCUGCACCGUCAAGACUAGCAUGCUGAGCCUCCCCGCGUACCUCCAGCUCACGCGGAUCGCCAUGGUGCUGUCGGCGCUGGUGACGGGGCUGGGGCUGUGCUUGGCGUCGCUGGGGCUGAAGUGCACGCGCUGGGGCGGGAGUCGACGCGCCAAAGCCCACACGGCGAUGGCGGCCGGCGCGUGCUUCGUCCUGUCGUCCGUCUCGUGCCUCGUCCCGGCGUCGUGGUUCACCAACGAGAUCAUCACGGCGUUUCUGACCGCGGAGGUUCCCGAGAGCAGCAGGUACCAGCCGGGCGGCGCGCUCUGCCUGACCUUCGUGUCGGCGGGGUUCCUGUUGGCGUCCGGGGUCAUCUUCUGCCUGUCGUGCCCCAAGAACACGACGACCCGUCCCAACGGCGAAAGGAAAAUCGUGAGUAUCCGAGGAACGCAGACCGAGUGCGCCAAAGCGGUGAGGAUUCAGGAAGACGUGGAACACCGGGAAAACGCCAAAGAAGUGAAGGAGCAGCCGGAGCAGAAGGAAGUGAAGGACAGUUACAGCCUCCAGGAGUAUGUCUGA